UGGGACAGGUGCUGGCUUCCCUGCUCUCACGUGGGGUGGUGCUCACCUGCCAGAGUUUUUUGGAUGCUAUUCCUUUAAGGCACAACAGGUGGAAAUGCAGGGCUAGAGGUACAAGGAGUAUUUAAAACGGCCUGGCACUGCCAGAGCCCAGUGUCCAGCUGCGGCAGGGAGGCAGGACACUCGCGGGAGGUCCGGGGGGUCGGCCACCGAGACACCAGCAGAUCUAGGAGCAGUCGGUCUAAAAGAAAAAGCAAGCGGUACCGAAUAGCCUGCAGAAGUAACUAGGAGUGGAAUGCAAGAAAAAUGACUUUACUAGCGCUCAUCUUCCUGCUCACCUUCCUCCCAGCUGACUCUGCAAGCAGCAGAUACCUUCCCAAGGCAGCAAUCUCAAGCCCUGUGUUCGGACCACGGCAGGUAUACGGGCUGCUCAACGGGUCAGUUACCGUGAAAUGUUUCUACCCUCCCACCCCGGUGAACAGACACGACAGAAAGUAUUGGUGCAAGGAAUCGGCCACGGCCUGCAUGACCGUCGUGUCCACCAACGGCUACACUGCUCCAGGCUACCAAGGCAGGGCCUCCAUCGUUGACUAUCCACAGGCAGAAAACUUCCAGAUUAACCUCUCCGAGCUUACAAUGGCAGACGCAGGCACCUACCAGUGCGGCGUUGGCAUCAACGGCAGAGGGCUCUCCCACAAAGUCAGUCUGGACGUUUCUAAAGGUCCACACAUACCCGAGGGAGCCGAGCUCUUCUACGUGAAAUUGCACAGUUCUUUGACCAUGACCUGCAGCUUUGGGGAGGAUUCUGUGAGCAUGAGGAAGUUCUUGUGCAAGCUGGAGAAGAACAGCUGCUAUAACAUCAUCGAUAGUUAUGGGAAUGUUGAUGAGGCUUACACAGGGCGAGCUCUGCUGAGCAAUGAGGAGGCUCCAGGCUCAUUCAGCAUCAUGAUAACGCAGAUAGGCUGGGAAGACUCAGGCUUGUACCUGUGCGGGGUCGGCGUCUAUGGGGAGAAAGGAGAAACGAAGGAACUGGAUGUGCAUGUCUAUGAGGAGACAAGUGUUCCUCAAGGAAAGCCUGUAAUAUUUGGAAUAAAAGGAAGUUCAGCAACUUUUGAAUGCCACUAUGAGGGUCUAAAAACGCCGUCAGUGAAGUACUGGUGCAAGUGGAGACAGCAGGGAUGUGCUCGGAUCAUAGACACCUCCGGGUAUGUGUCGGAACUUUAUGAAGGAAGAGUGGCCAUGUACGACAGUCCAGAUAACAAGACGAUCACCAUCAUCCUGAACCAGCUGAAGGACAGCGACAAAGGCUAUUACUGGUGCAUGACAGACGAGGCGAAGGAGCAGCAAUCAUCAACGGAGCUGAAGAUCACAGACGGAGAACCUGGGCUGAAUGGAAAGAAGAACGUGGAGGCGCAAGUGGGUUCACGGGUUGAUUUAACUUGCUCUUAUUCAUGCAAGUACUACUCUUACCAGAAGUACUGGUGCAAGUGGCAGGGCACCACCUGCACCCCCAUGCCUGCUUCCGACCAAAGGCAGCCGGGGCCAGAUGUUACCUGUGUCACCGACAACAAGACGGUUAUCCUAAGCUUUGACUCGGUGGCAAAGACAGACCAAGGGUGGUACUGGUGUGGAGUGAAGCGCAACGGCAUCUUUGGAGAAACCAUGGCAGUCUACCUGCAGGUGACCGAAGGAAACGCAGUAAGCGGUGCCGACCGCAGCCUAGAGCUCUUCAAUGUUGAUGACCCCAGCCGCGCCGAGCCCCCCAGCCGCGCCGAGCCCCCCAGCCGCGCCGAGCCCCCCAGCCGCGCCGAGCCCGGCUUGAAUCCCCAAGGAAGAGCCGACAGUGGUGCUGAGGUGCAAAACUCAGCUGCCUCAGAAAGCUCUGAUCAAAGCCAUGGCCCCAACGCAACCGUUCUAACCCUGAGCCUUCUCGGUGCCGUGCUCCUGAUCCUCGUGACAGCUUUUGCCAUUUUUAAAUACAGGCAGCUGAAGAGAUCUGACCUGGUGUCCGUCGGGAGCUACAGGACAAACAUCAGCAUGUCAGACUUUGAAAGCGUGAAGGAGUACAGCGCGAGCAAUAACGCCUGCGUGAAAGAGAGCCAGGAGACUCAGAUAGGAGGGGACGAGUUCAUCACCACCGAGGUCACCCCAGAAAGUGCUGCUGAGACAAAGAAGGCAAAAAGGAGCUCCAAGGAGGAUGCUGACCUCGCCUACUCCGCCUUCCUCCUCACCUCCAACACCAUCGCGCAGGGCGGCGCUGGUGGGGACAGCUGUGCCCCCCCUGAACUGGGAGAGCCAGAUCUGAAGGCGAGAGACUGAGGAGAUGGCAACAACUGGGACUGGCUCUACCUUGAGGAUCGGAGCAAGACAUCAGCAAGCAGCACUGUUUAUCGCUACCACAAUUUGCUAUUGCUUGACCUUUUUUUUUGCUUAAAUUCAGCUUCAAGCAGCGAUUUAGGAGGAAUCGUGUGAUGUCAAACGGGGUGGCUGGGCUGGAGGUGCAGGUCUGAGCGAGCAGGUCGGACUGGAAAACAGCAGGAGCUCGAGUGGCUUAGCCCACUAACGGCCCCAGCCCCACCAGUGCCCUUCCAACACUGGGGGCUCUCAAAGGCCAGAAGGUGCAUUUAUUAAAAAAUCUCAUUUUCUUUUAAAGGCAGCUGGAAAACCCUCCAGAACAACUCAUGCUUCUGAUUCCUCAAAGCUUUCUCAUCCAGAGGGCAGUACCUGCAGACCAGACACGGUCUGAAGUGUUUUUACGCACAAGCAAUAAAGAAUACCACUGGCUUUCAGCAGA